AUGCAACACAAGAGGAAGCAACAGCCUUCUGGGGCUGUUCAGAAUCCCCAGAAGCGCCAAAAGUCGGCUGGGGGAAAGGCUGCGGCCCCCAAGAAGCGCAAGGUCGCCGUCAGUGCGCUACCAUGGAAGACGGUCGAACAUGGCGAUAACGUUGAUUUUAUUGCUGCUAUUCCCUCUGGCGACGAGAAGGAGAACGACGAGGACGAGUUCGAAGGCUUCAGCGACUCUGAGCCAGUAUCUACACAAACCGAUACAAUAAUGGAGGAGGCGGAGGUAGCACCAAAGGUAGAGGCCAAGAAGAUCAAGAAGGAGAAGAAGGCUGCCGCCAAGGCAGAACAAAAGGCACAAAAGGCACAAAAGGUGGAAAACACAAAGGGGGACAAGCCUGCAGACAAAGCCGAUGAGACAGACGCCGCUACACCUACACCCGCAGCCGAACCCGAAGGCAAGAAGAAGAAAGAGAAGAAGCAGAAGAAGGCUCAGCCUAAGCCGGAGGACGCCAAGCUUGAAAGCAACGUUUUCAAGGCUCUCGAGGAAGCUGAAGAGGCUGAGGAGGAUAUCGACACGGCUCCCUGGGUGGACCUCGGUCUCUCCCCGGCGACUGUUGCGGCCAUCGCCAAGCUCAAGUUCGCCAAGCCAACCAAGAUCCAGAGCUCGUCGAUACCCGAAAUCCUCGCCGGCCACGACGUCAUCGGCAAGGCCUCUACGGGUUCCGGUAAGACGCUUGCGUUUUCGAUUCCCAUCGUGGAGGAGUGGCUCGAGAAGUUUGAGGGAAAGGAGGACGAGAAGAAGCCGGAUAACACCCCCUUUGCGCUCAUUCUGUCGCCGACGAGAGAAUUGGCACACCAAAUCACUAACCACAUCAAGAACCUUUGCGCCGGUCUGACCCACGCGCCCUUCGUUUGCUCGGUGACGGGAGGUCUGUCAGUCUUCAAACAGCAGAGACAACUAGCCAAGGCAGAUAUCGUUAUUGGUACGCCAGGUCGUCUGUGGGAGGUCAUCAGCUCCAGCACGGAGCUCCUGAAGGGGUUCCGGCAAAUCAGGUACCUGGUUGUCGAUGAGGCCGAUAGGCUUCUGAGCGAGGGACACUUCAAGGAGGCGGGAGAGAUCCUAGACGCCCUUGACCGUGAGGUUGUCGAAGAGGAUGACGAUGAUGAGAAGGAGCUCUCGGAGCGACAGACGCUGGUCUUCUCUGCUACGUUCCACCAGGGACUGCAGCAGAAGCUGGCCGGCAAGGGCAAAUGGGGCCUCAUGUCGGAGACGGAGAACAUGGAGUAUCUGCUGAAGAAGCUCAACUUCCGCGAGGAAAAGCCAAAGUUCAUCGACGCCAACCCCGCCAAGCAGAUGGCCGCCGGUCUCAAGGAGGGUCUCAUCGAGUGCGGUGCCAUGGAAAAGGAUCUCUACCUCUACACAAUCCUCCUCCUCAACCCGAACCGCCGCACUCUCGUCUUCACGAACUCCAUCAGCGCCGUCCGUCGUCUGACCCCCAUGCUCCAGAACCUCAACCUGAACGCCAUGGGCCUCCACUCCCAAAUGGCCCAAAAAGCUCGUCUCCGCUCCGUCGAAAAGUUCACAGCCACAAAAGCAAACACCACAUCCGUCCUCAUCGCCACCGACGUCGCCGCUCGUGGUCUCGAUAUCCCCGGCAUCGACCAGGUCGUCCACUACCACGUCCCCCGUGCCGCCGACAUGUACGUCCACCGCUCCGGUCGUACCGCGCGUGCCGAGAAGACGGGUCUGAGUAUCAUCCUCUGCGGACCGGAGGAGGUUGUACCGACGCGCAGACUCGCGGCCAAGGUCCACGAGAAGCACUCGAGCAAGAAGAAGUACUUUAUGCGCACCAUUGACAUCGAUCGCCGCAUCGCGUCCCGCCUCAAGCCGAGACUUGACCUGGCGAAGAAGCUCACUGACGCGACGCUCGCCAAGGAGAAGGGCAACAAGGACGAGGACUGGGUCAAGGCUGCUGCCGAGGAGCUAGGCGUAGAGUACGACAGCGACGAGCUGGAGAAGGCAGGGACGUGGACGGGUCGCGGAAGUCAGCGGAAGAAGAAGCAACAAGAGGACAAGAACAUUAGCAAGGCGGAGAUGGGAGCCAUGAGGGCGCAGCUGCGCGAGUUGUUGUCGAAGCGCGUCAAUGCCGGUGUGAGUGAAAAGUACAUCACGUCGGGUAAUCUCGACAUUGAGGAGUUGUUACGAGGCGGCACGGGAGAUUUCCUGGGCAAAGUUGACGGCUUGGACUUGGAAGAUCUGUAA